AUGCCUACAGUGCCCUCUUCCUCUACCGCAUCGUCUCAGUCUCUUCCCUCACGUCUUCUCUCUGUCGUGGCCGCCGGAGAGCUCUCAAUUCUUCCUGAUGACGCCGCUACUAGAGACUCAGACGAGGCGCUAGAUGGGCUGCUAACCCCUUUCUUGCCGCUCAUGACGCGCCUCCAGAGUUCACGCCGCGCCUGUUCUACCUCCAACUUGCUUCCUAAUUCGACGUCUCUAGACGCUACGCUUCUUCGCGUAGAGAAGUCUUCGAAAUGGCGACAAUACGCCCAAGUAUUCGCUGAUCUGACGCCGUCCCAGCUUCAAUCAGCUGUAAUUCCUGACCCCGUUGCCGCAUUCCGCCGCUUCGAGCGCGGUUCAGAAGCUGAGAGAGUGAAGAUUGUAUUAUGUGAAUGGCUCCUCGCCGCCCCUGGAAGUUUGGAGUCCAGCGAGCUCUUUUUAAACGAGAUCUACCAGGAAGAAGUCGCCGCCAUUCUCGUGUUGACUCUAGCCAGUCUAAAGCUCCAGACGCAGCCCAUAACAGCUCACAACCGUCUAGGCAUGGAGACGGUGACUCGCAAGGCUCUAGCAGUACCAACAGGCCCCAUACUACUCACCAGACUGGCCGUCAACGACCCCUCUUGUGUUGAGCAGCUCAUGGAUGCCAUCGUGGCGACGGUAGUGGAGGCCACUACGACGGAUCAGACCAUGGCGCAGCAGGAGCAAGACGCGCUGACCUCCUCCACGUCUGUAGUGGAGAACGCUCGUCGGGCUUGUGUGCACUUGGCCAAGUUGUCGCAUCUAUAUGCUGUGAGACUGAAGGAGAAGCUCAGUCAACAGACUGCAUCGCUACACUGUGUAGCCAUGGCAUUGGAACUGGUAACAACGUGUUUAAAAGAAGACGUGAGUGUGUUCAUGUUCCAGUGGCUCAAGAGAGACGGAGCUCCUGGGUCAGCGCUACGGACAUAUUUGCAGCUUCCAAGCCGCGAGAUUGCGUCCGGAACAAGUGAUUUCCAACAAGAAACGGUCAAAUACCUGACGAUACUUCGUCACAUUCUGUUGGAUACACUGGACAGCGCGACUAAGGUGUCGCCGUACGAACUCACUGCAGUUCUCGGUGUUUGUGUUGGUCUUCAGGUGCUCGACAGCUUCCAACUGACUGCGUCAGAGCGAAUUCGACUGUUACAGAGUCUCGACAAGAUUGCGUCGUCGUCGUCAUCGUCUCGUUCAGUUAGUCUGGCGUUUAUUAUGGUAGUAUUGCUGUGGUAUCCGCUGGCACCGGCACUGAGCAAGGCACCUGGCCAGCGUGACGAGCAUACCAAGACUGCAGUGACUUUAUCUCAACAAGUACUGGUGUCGCUGUUCCAAGCACGUGAAGCGGGUGCUGGAUCGCUGUUCGUGGUGUCUGCAGUGUUGUUCUACACGAAAGCUCCAGCGCUGGUUCCGUUUUUGGCGUCGGUGAUUGGAUUCAAUGAAGACAUAAACUCUACUGGAAGUGGCAUUCAACAAGCGUUGCGUGCCGAGUAUCUUCACAUCUUCGGAGACGUCAUCCUCAAGCCGAUACUGACGGAGAACCGGCUGGCUCGUGAGGUGCUGACAUUUCCACCAGUUGCACGUGUCUCGGCGAUGGAUGCAUUGGCGUCAGGUCACGGACAACACGAGUUUACGCUACGUGGACUUCACGGCCUGUUGUGUGAGAAAUCUUUCUUGCGACAUCAUCACGGUCAUCGACUUGAGAGCUGGUUGGCUACGCAGAUUGGAGAGCAGGUCGCUUUACCUGUUCAUCCUUUACUGGUCAGUGUGUUGCUCGAGUGGAUUGAAAACUACGUGAUGGCCUUCGAGUACCCCAUCGCCCAAGCUCCUCGUCGACUUCAAUUGUCGAUUGUUCCUCUACGAAGCUCCACGUUGUCAAAAUGGCUCGCAGCGCCGUGUUUGGAACACGCGUAUGGCCCCAGUAAAGGACAGGACCUUGAGUUAGAGUGGGCACGCGGUGUGUUGGGACUUACGUAUGCUCUGCAGUUUAAUCAGCGACUGCGUCAUGCCACCAUGGUCGCUGGAAGUAAGCUCAGCAGUCUGGUUUCAACUUCUUCCGGCGCAUCAGUCGCGACUGCGUUAGGACCUGGUGCAGACAUCUGUCUGAGCUACGAUCUCAGCGCUUUUCCUCUUCGCAAUAUCGUCGCAAUGGCUGUAGCGCACGGCGACCAAGGUGGCGUCUUUGAAUAUGUGGCUCCGACAUUACUGAAGCUCAUGAUCGAAGAACACCCGCAGCUUUUCGAUGCUGCUACUGCCUCUGCAUCGCCAGGAUCGGUAUUGCAGUUACUGCCUCUUGCCUCCAGUCCGCGGGAUGUCGCGGCGCGCGACUUGGCGAGCAGCUGGUUCCGCCGCCGUCGUAACAGCGGCGACCUGCCGAAUGUCCGAGUGAUGCAGUCUCCUCCGUCCUGGUUAGCAGCUCAAACGCUGUUGUUAGAGCUCGAAUCAGCGCCGAUCGACGUCGUGAUGCGAGAGUUGCCCGUUCUAGUGGACGGGUUCCUUCCGUAUGCAGUGGUGUCAUCUCACGCUUCGUCCACAUCAUGUCGACAAGUGGCUGCGUUCUGCUCACAACUUGCAGCGCUGUACGAGACGCGUGCUCGUCGUGAACAGGGGCCUAGUACCUCACUAUUGAUGAAACUAGUGCAUGCUCUGUGCUUCCCGGAUGAAAAAUGGCGUCAGCAGCAGACUCAGACGCAUCAAACAGGCGCAUUCCAACUGCUGACGUACAUGCAGUUGUUAGAGGAGCCGUUCCGGAUGGUGGAUGACGCCCAUGAUGGAGUAUACUGUCAACCGGCAUUGCUGCGUGUGUUGCUGGGACUCGUCCGAGAUGUUCGAGCAGCAGCAAACGUUCACGUGUCCAAGUGUGAUCCCAGCUCGGUAUCGGUGGAAGGUACGAGUGCAUCUGCGUCUACAGCCAGUGUACAGCAGCACCAGCUUCUGCAAGAUUGCUUGCUGAUACACGGACUUCUCAAGAGAAUGCAUACUUUGAGUUCAGAACCAAGUGACAACGAGGUGGCUGAAGAGAGUCGUGCACUGCUGUGUGGCCUUGUGAACGAGUUGCUGGCUGCAGAUGUUGAGGAAUCGGCUUCAUCUCCACGUCUGCUACUGGCAAUCCACACACAGGGCUAUGACACCUCACUGGUUCCUACGCUUGUCGCUAACGUGCCGUCUAUGAAGCUGUUGUGGGACCACUGGAUGGCAGCAACGUCGUCUUCCAGUUCAGGUUCAACAUCUCGUUCAGCUACACCAGGCACGAAGCCAUUGAUGGAGUUCGUCGCUGAAGGAGCUGAGAAGGACCUACCCAAGUGGCGUUUCCGACUACGCGUGGUGCUGUCAUUGUGUGCAGCCUAUCUCUCUGGCAGUCGACAGAGCGCAGCAAUGCAGCAAGCACUUCGUGUGGUAUGGAACAAAAUCCGCAAUGGAGUUGGCACCACGUGCGAAAACAGUGCCAGAUACGUCACUCUCUUGAGCGAGAUCUUGCCUUGGAUUGUGGACGCAUGCUCCGAGAACGCAGACCUCAGCGCUGAGCUGGUACAUUUCUUACUCAAGUUGCAGAGACAGCAGCAAAGUGGACCCAGUAGCAAGGGAAGAGACGGUCGAAGAGCAGUCGACACAGCGGGAAAACCUCAAGAGCAACGACAACUGUUGGAGCAAGUGCUACGUGAUACUUAUGCCUCGUUACUUCAGCAGAUCUAA